AUGGAUGCCAUCUAUGUGGUCUACAGAACACCCGGCCACAAUUUCCACACUUCAUCCAAGAUACACCAAUUCGAUUCAGAUUCAGAUCCAUCACUUGUGUCGACAGCCUACCUUGAUAGCAAUAGAACAAUGAGCAAGCUAAUUCGACGCAUUGGUGUGGACGACCCGCGUAUGGCAAAGAUUGUAAUACAUUCGGGCGUCGUUUACCUGAGCGGACUCACAGAUACGACGGCAGAAGAUGCCGCUGGACAAACCCAGAACAUCUUGAAGAAGACGGACGACCUACUAGCUCAAGCGGGUACAUCCAAGUCCAACUUGUUGACGGCGAAUAUUUGGGUCAAGGACAUUGGCCGCGACUUUCAAGACAUGAACAAGGUAUGGAAUGAAUGGUUGGACCCCGAGAACAAACCGGUCCGUGCCACGGUCGAAGCCAACAUGGCUCGACCAGCAAUCUUGGUAGAGAUUCAGGUGACGGCCGCACUGCCUGAGGAAUGA